GGGAGGGAGGUGAAAGGAUAAAAGGAGGGAACUGCAGAGCAACAGUCUACAUUGUCAGCAGAGCAGGAUCAGGCCGCAGGAUGGGUAGGACUCCGCUGUGGCUGCUGGCCUCUCUGGCCUUUGCCUCUAUGACUUCUCUGGCUGAUGGAUCGCCAUUGAAGGUGAUGUCUGCUCCCAACUUGUUGCGCGUAGGAACGGCAGAAAACAUCUUUGUGGAGUGUCAGGACUGCACCCCAGGAGACACAAGGGUUGUUGUCUCCGUGUUGAACCAUCCUACCAAAACCAAAAGGCUGGCAUCUACAACUGUGACCCUCAACAGUCAAAACAACUUCCAGGAACUAGCACAACUAACGAUUCCUGUGGGAGAUUUCAGCAAGGAUCCCAGCCUGAAGCAGUAUGUCUACCUGCAAGCUGAGUUCCCGGACAGAAAGCUGGAGAAAGUCGUCUUAGUGUCCUUCCAGUCCGGUUACAUCUUCAUCCAGACUGACAAGACCCUUUACACCCCCAACAGUAAAGUUCAUUACAGGAUGUUUGCAGUGACUCCUCGCAUGGAGCCGGUGGAGAGGGAUGACCAAAACCAAGUUGAUGCUUCCAUUGCCAUUGAGAUUGUGACUCCUGAAGGCAUCAUUUUACCACUUGAUCCAGUCUCUUUGAAAUCAGGGAUCCACUCUGGAGAUUUCCAACUUGCCGAAAUUGUCAGUCCUGGAGUUUGGAAAGUGGUGGCCAAGUUCCACAGCAACCCACAGCAGAGCUACUCUGCAGAGUUUGAGGUCAAAGAAUAUGUGCUCCCCAGUUUUGAGGUGAAACUGACGCCUCAGGACUCCUUUUUCUACGUGGACAGUCCAGCGCUCACUGUCAACAUCAAAGCUACGUAUCUGUUUGGUGAAGAGGUGGAUGGGACAGCAUACGUGGUAUUUGGGGUUAUGCAUGAGGGUCAAAAGAAGAGCUUUCCCGGCUCUCUUCAGAGAGUGGGGGUUGAGAAUGGUAAUGGACAGGUCAUUCUGAAGAGAGAGCACAUCCUUCAGACCUUCCCAAACAUCAACGAACUGGUGGGGAAUUCCAUAUUUGUAGCUGUCAGUGUGCUGACGGAGAGCGGUGGUGAAAUGGUGGAGGCAGAGCGGAGAGGUAUCCAGAUUGUGACGUCACCUUACACCAUCCACUUCAAGAGGACGCCCAAAUAUUUCAAACCCGGAAUGUCCUUUGAUGUUGCGAUUGAAGUGAUGAAUCCAGAUGAAAGUCCAGCACAAGGUGUUCCAGUGGUGGUGGAACCAGGCCCUGUGGAGGGCUUCACUGCAGCCAAUGGCAUGGCAAAGCUAACCAUCAACACAGUGGCAAGAGAUCCAAGACUGACAGUCACUGCAAAGACCAAUGAUCCUCGUAUUUCACGUGACAGACAAGCAACCGCGACAAUGGUCGCUGCCCCAUACACCACUAAAAGCAACAACUACAUCCACAUAGGCGUGGACACAGCAGAGCUGGAAUUAGGAGACAAUCUGAAAAUCAACCUCAACCUCAACAGGCAGUCAAAUGAAGACACUGACAUCACAUACUUGAUCCUGAGCAGAGGUCAACUGGUGAAAAGUGGCCGCUAUAGGACGAGAGGUCAAGUACUGAUUUCCCUAAUAGUUCCCAUCACCAAAGAAAUGCUGCCAUCAUUCCGCAUCAUAGCCUACUACCAUCCAAAUGACAAUGAAGUAGUAGCAGACUCUGUCUGGGUGGACGUCAAGGACUCCUGCAUGGGUUCGCUAAGAUUGGAAUCAUCGAGACCCGCUCCCUCCUACGAGCCUCGCAGGAUGUUUGGUCUCAAAGUCACUGGAGAUCCAGGGGCCACAGUGGGACUGGUGGCAGUUGACAAAGGCGUCUAUGUCCUGAAUAACAAGCACCGCCUCACCCAGAAAAAGGUGUGGGACAUUGUAGAGAAAUACGACACAGGUUGCACACCAGGUGGAGGGAGAGACAGUAUGGGUGUGUUCUACGAUGCUGGGCUGUUGUUUGAGUCCAGCACUGCUUCUGGGACUCCCUACAGACAAGAAUUGAAAUGUCCGGCCUCUGCCAGGAGGAAACGAGCCAGUACAAUAAUGGACGUCACAACCACCUUACUGAGUCAGUACAAAAAUGAACUUCAGCGUGAGUGUUGUUUGGAUGGUAUGAGGGAGACCCCCCUUUCUUACACCUGUGAGAGGCGCAGCGAGUACAUCUCGGACGGUGCAGCCUGCGCCGAGGCCUUCCUGCACUGCUGCAAGGAGAUGGAGAACCAGCGAGAUGAGAAAAAGGAGGAAAAUCUCCAACUGGCUCGCAGUGAGGAAGAUGACGACAGUUACAUGGACAGCAAUGAAAUCGUUUCUCGCACCAAGUUCCCUGAAAGUUGGCUGUGGUCAGACAUCAACCUGCCUCCUUGCGCUCGAAAUACACCCAACUGUGAAUCCACAUUUUUGGUGAAAAAUGUUCCUUUGCAAGACUCAAUCACCACCUGGCAGUUCACUGGCAUUAGUCUGUCAAGAACCCAUGGAAUCUGUGUUGGCGAACCACUAGAAGUAAUUGUCCGGAAGGAGUUCUUCAUUGAUCUCAGACUGCCGUACUCUGCUGUCCGUGGAGAGCAGCUGGAAAUAAAGGCAAUCCUCCACAACUACAGCCCUGAGCUUGUCACUGUGCGUGUGGAUCUGAUGGAGGAGGAGCACGUGUGCAGCGCAGCUUCCAAGCAUCUAAGGUAUCGACAGGAGGUCAAAGUUGGGGCCGAGACUACCCGAUCUGUACCCUUCGUCAUCAUUCCCAUGAAGGAAGGACAGUUCCGCAUUGAGGUCAAAGCAGCUGUUAAAGACUCGUCGCUCAAUGAUGGAAUCAUUAAGAUGCUGCGGGUGGUGCCUGAAGGCGUACUGGUUAAAUCUCCGCAGAUUAUAGUUCUUGACCCCAGUAAGACAGGUGGUAAACAAGACGAAAUUAUCAACAGUGGAAUUCCAAAGAGCAGUUUGGUUCCAAACACACCUACGAGCACACAGAUCUCUGUGACAGGGAGGGAACAGAUAGCUCCACUGGUAGAGAACGCCAUUAGUGGGAACUCAAUGGGUAGUCUGAUCUACCAGCCCUCAGGCUGUGGAGAGCAGAACAUGAUCCACAUGACCCUGCCUGUCAUUGCAACCACAUAUUUGGACAAAACCAACCAGUGGGAAACUGUAGGCUUUCAGAAACGGAACGAAGCCCUCCAGCACAUCAAGACUGGCUACCAGAAUGAGCUUGCCUACCGUAAAAAGGAUGGGUCUUUUGCUGUGUGGGCCAAUCGCGACAGCAGCACCUGGCUGACAGCUUAUGUUGUCAAGGUGUUUGCUAUGGCCAACAAUCUGGUGGCGGUGCAAAACGAUGUGAUCUGUGACGCUGUCAAGUUCCUGAUUCUUAACGCACAGCAACCUGACGGCUUGUUCAGAGAAGUUGGAAGGGUGUCCCACGGAGAGAUGAUCGGGGAUGUUCGUGGCGCAGAUUCAGAUGCCUCCAUGACGGCCUUCUGCCUCAUCGCCAUGCAGGAGUCACGCACACUAUGUUCAGCCACAGUUAAUAGUCUGCCAGGAAGUAUAACCAAAGCAGUGGCCUACCUGGAGAAGCGUUUGCCUGGCCUCACCAAUCCAUAUGCUGUUGCCAUGACAUCAUACGCCCUGGCCAAUGAGGAUAAACUGAACCGAGAGAUCCUCAACAGGUUUAGAUCCCCAGAGUUGAGCCACUGGCCUACACCUAAGGGACGUGUUUACACGCUGGAGGCCACAGCUUAUGCUCUUCUUGCUCUGGUCAGGGCCAAGGCCUUUGAAGAUGCCAGACCUGUGGUGAGGUGGUUCAACCAACAGCAGAAGGUUGGCGGAGGCUAUGGAUCAACUCAGGCUACCAUCAUAGUGUAUCAGGCCGUAGCAGAGUACUGGGCCAGUGCUAAAGAACCAGAGUAUGAUCUGAAUGUAGACAUCUUGUUGCCGGGCAGGUCAAAGCCUGACAAGUACAACUUCAACAGGGAUAACCACUAUGCCACAAGAACAUCUAAGAUCAACGAUAUAAACCAGGAUGUGAGAGUGACUGCCACAGGAACAGGAGAGGCAACACUGACAAUGGUGUCGCUAUAUUACGCUAUGCCUACAGAGAAGGAGAGUGACUGUCAGAAGUUUAACAUGUCAGUGGAGCUCAUCCCAGAGAAACUGGAUGAGAAUGAGAAGAUAUACAAGCUGAGAAUAGAAGUUUUGUAUAAGGACAGAGAGCGCGAUGCAACUAUGUCAGUCUUGGAUAUUGGCUUGCUAACAGGCUUCACUGUGAACACAAAUGACCUGGACUUAUUGUCCAAAGGACGUGCCCGCACCAUUGCAAAAUAUGAGAUGAACACAGUCCUGUCAGAAAGAGGCUCCCUGAUCCUUUACCUGGACAAGGUUUCUCACACACGACCAGAGGAGAUCACCUUUAGGGUCCACCAGAAGCUGAAAGUGGGCGUCUUACAACCAGCAGCUGUGUCUGUCUAUGAAUAUUAUGACCAAACACACUGUGUGAAAUUCUACCAUCCAGAGAGGAGAGCUGGACAGCUACUGAGGCUGUGUAGAAACGACGAAUGCACAUGUGCUGAAGAGAACUGCAGUUUGCAGAAGAAGGGCAAAAUCAGCAAUGAUCAGCGCACAGCUAAAUCUUGCGAGAGUACUCCCACCAGCAAAAUAGAUUUUGUUUACAAAGUGAGACUGGAAGGAUUCGUAGACGGUUUGUCCACUGACAUUUACACAAUGCGGGUACUGGAUGUGAUCAAAGAAGGAAGUUCUGAUGUGGGUCCUCAGGGCAAACUGCGCACAUUCCUCAGUUAUCCUCACUGCAGGGAGUCUUUAGAUCUGGUGCAAGGCAAAACCUACCUUAUCAUGGGCACGUCCAAAGAUAUUCACAGAGACGACCAAAAUCAAUCGUUUCAGUACGUGCUCGGUGAGAGGACCUGGAUCGAGUACUGGCCCACAGACGGCGAGUGUCAAAUUGAGGAGCACAGACCUUCCUGUUUGGGCUUGGAGGAGAUGGUCCAGCAGUAUGCACUCUUUGGAUGUCAGCAGUAGUGAAACUCAAGGAAAUAAAAUGUCCUUUUCAAAUGGUUUUUAUUUUGCGUUAUCCUUGUUAUGUAAAACUUUCACUGCUCUGAGAUAUAAGAGAUUCACUGUUGUUACAAUGUUAAACUGUGUUGAUUAAAAUGUAAUGGUCUUAA